AUCUAAGGAUUGGACGAUCAGAUUCAUGAUCAGAACACCUUCCUCUGAGUUCAGCUACAGGAGAGAGAAGUGGAAACUACAACCUGCUGACCCCCCCACCCUGAAGGUGAACCAGUCCAUGUCCCCCUUCUUCCUUUGGCAGGAAAAGGACGCUCUGCGGGACCCAGUGCAUGCGGUCCCAGAAGAAAUCCACCAUUAGCGCCUGCACCCUGGACAGCAGGUUUACAGGCGGGUCUGAACAUGCCAACCGGUGCCAACCAGCAUGGAGGACACAAGCUCCACUCAGAGACAACAUGGCUUCCAGGUUAGAGCAAGACCUCUGCUGUCCGGUCUGUCAGGAAGUCUUUAGAGAUCCUGUCAUCCUGUCCUGCUGCCACAGCUUCUGUAGAGCCUGUCUGAAGAACUGGUGGGAUGGGAAAGAAGUAAAGGAGUGUCCAGUUUGUAGGAGAAGACAUUCAAAGGGAUUACUUCCUCCAAACCUGGCUUUAAGGAACCUGUGUGAGACCUUCUUACAGGAGAGAGGUCAGAGGUCUUCAGAGGCUCUCUGCAGUCUGCACUCUGAGAGAUUCAGACUCUUCUGUCUGGACCAUCAGCAGCCAGUGUGUCUCGUCUGCAGAGAUUCAAGAACACACACCAACCACAGAUUCAGACCCGUGGAUGAAGCUGCUCAGGAUCUCAAAGAGGAGCUCCAGAAGUCUCUGCAGCCCUUACAGGAGAAACUGAAGCUCUUUGAAGAAGUUAAAGUGAAGUUUGAUCAGACAGCAGGACACAUGGAGGCCCAGGCCCGACGCACAGAGCUGCAGAUUAAGGAGCAGUUUAAGAAGCUUCACCAGUUUCUGGAAGAGGAAGAGGAGGCCAGGUUGGCUGCACUGAGGGAGGAAGAGGAGCAGAAGAGGAGUAUGAUGGAGGAGAAGAUGGAGGCUGUGAGCAGAGAGAUAGCUGCUCUUUCACUCACAGUCAGAGCCACAGAGGAGGAGCUGAGAGCUGAAGACGUCUCCUUCCUGCACAACUACAAGGCUGCAGUGGAGAGGCUGCAGCGCCCCCUGCUGGAGGCUCCACAGCUGCCCUCAGGGACUCUGAUAGAGCAGGCCAAACACCUGGGCAACCUCAGCUUCAACAUCUGGAGCAAGAUGAAGGACAUGGUGUCCUACUCUCCUCUCAUCCUGGACCCAAACACUGCUCAUCCAAACCUCAUCCUCUCUGAAGAUCUGACCAGAGUGAGAGGAGGAGAGAGACAGGAACUUCCUGAUAAUCCAGAGAGGUUUGAUCAUUACUACUCUGUCCUGGGCUCUGAGGGCUUUACCUCAGGGACUCACAGCUGGGAUGUCCAGGUUACAGACAGUACAGGCUGGUUACUGGGUGUGUUAGCAGAGUCUGUCCAGAGGAAGGGAGAUAAACUCUCUGGAUUAUGGGGAAUAAGUUUCUAUGAAGGUAAAUACUCAGCAUGUUCUCCAUCAGAUCCACCCACUCCUCUCCUGCAGAAGAAGCUCCAGAGGGUCAGAGUGAAUCUGGACUGGAACAGAGGAAAGCUGUCGUUCUCUGAUCCUGACACUAACACACACAUACACACCUUCACACACACUUUCACUGAGAGGAUGUUUCCAUACAUUAACACUGCGGGUGAAGUGAAGGUAUCACCAGUGGAGGUGUGUGUGACAGUGGGUCAGAGCAGCUAGAGAUGAACAGGAUCAUUAUAUCUAUGAGCUUUAUCUCUCAGAGUGCAGUUCGUUCUGCCCCUUUCCGUUUAUCACGACCACAACUCCAACUUCAAGUCCUGGUUUUUGCAGUAAAGCCUUUUAUUCCCUCCGCUCUCGUCUCUAUUGUCACUGAUGCAUUGUGGGUUCAAUCCUGCUGCUCCUUCAGAGCCUAACCAGGUUUAGGGUUAGUUAAAGUUCUAGUACAUUAAAUCAAUGUUUCACAUUAAUGUAGACAAUUCCUUCAAUCUAAAACUACAUGAUAUGGAUAGUGUGUGUAUAAUGUGUAAUGUGUGUAUAGUGUGUAUAGUGUGUGUAUAAUGUGUAAUGUGUGUAUAGUGUGUAUAGUGUGUGUAUAAUGUGUAAUGUGUGUAUAGUGUGUAUAGUGUGUGUAUAAUGUGUAAUGUGUGUAUAGUGUGUGUAUAAUGUGUGUAUAGUGUGUGUAUAAUGUGUAAUGUGUGUAUAGUGUGUGUAUAGUGUGUGUAUAGUGUGUGUAUAGUGUGUGUAUAGUGUGUAUA